AUGACGAACUCCACUCAGACUAUUCACUGUCCUGUGCACACACACCUUGCAAGUGAUGGCGCCACAAGUCUGACUUCCAGCGUACGAAUUGAAUGGAUCGCAGCAGUUACUAUUGCUGCUGGGACAGCUACAAUUGGUUAUCUAGCUUACAGAAGGUUUUAUGUUAAAGAUCAUCGCAACAAAUCUAUGGUAAACCUUCACAUCCAGAAAGACAACCCCAAGAUAGUACAUGCUUAUGACAUGGAGGAUUUGGGAGAUAAAACUGUGUACUGUCGUUGUUGGAGGUCCAAAAAGUUUCCAUUCUGUGAUGGAUCUCACACAAAACACAAUGAAGAGACUGGAGACAAUGUGGGACCUCUGAUCAUUAAGAAAAAGGAAACUUAAAUGGACAGUUUUGAUGCUGCAAACCAACUUGUCAUGAUGUCAUCUGACUGUUUAAUUAGAAUGACUACCACCUCUGUCUGUUCACCUCCCCUGGGUUCUAGAUGUGAUGUAUUGCAAAUUGCAGCUUUCAUAUUCACGGCAUUUGCCUUAUUUGUUGAACCAUCGUGGUGCA